GUUCUCACGCCGUGAGAACAUCGAGCUUUCGUCAGAGGCGGGUUCGGUGUUGACCACCCAUCAACCAGUCUUCAGCGAGCGAGAUGAGGAGGGUAAGAACAGGUCUGUGCGGCUAUACGAAAGGUUUCUGCCUGCGAUGAGUUCCAAACGGGCAGGAGAGAUGCACGUCUCCUAGCGAGCCGCCGAGGCGAUGCACUGGCAAAUAGGGAACAUCGAGAUGACCAGGCGUGCAGGGUUGGUUCCAUUUUCGCUGGAUAUAUCUUCGAACAAACUGCAAGACCUAGAGCCAAUCUCGCCGAACCACGGCUAUGCCCACUCGCAGUCCCAAGGGGGGUCUGCCGCGCGACCUCUCCAGCCCGCAACCAACCCCCACUCUGCCGUUAAUCCCGCCGCCUACACCGACCAGGCGGCGCGAGAGACCCAGGUAGCUCCUUCGACCCGCCUCUAUCUGACCAACCACCCGACUACGGCGACGAACCCGACCCUGGCCGCGCCCCAACCCACGCCUUCCCCCUCGGCGGCAGUCCAGGCCGAAAAGCCGCAUGAGUGCUCCUUCUGUGCCCAUUGUUUCAAAAACAAGCGAGAGGCUAGAAGACACAGAAAUUCAGCACACAUUCAGCAGCACAGUUGGUCAUGUUCGGUCUUGACAGGUUACGGUCAGGCGUUCUACGACAGUACGGCAAGGCCCGGUACGGCCGAUGUCUGCGGCUACUGCGGCAAAGAGUUCUUGAGAAGCGUGGAGAACCAGGGCGUAGCCAAUGCGAGCGAACAGGGCUGGAAGGAGCGCAUAGGGCAUCCGCAGGAACUUCGCAAAUUCGGCAGAUGCAACUUGAGCAAGAAGUUCUAUCGGGCCGACAGCUUCCGCAUGCAUUGAAAGCGCAGACAUGUUGGUACCAGCGACAAGUGGACCAACAUGCUCAAAACUGCUUGUAUGACCCGCGAAGGAGCCUCUCGUUCCUACAAGAUAAGAUUACCCUCCCUAUA